UCUAAACCUCAGUACAUUGUUGAAGUAUAUCUUGAAAUAUUUAAAUAUUUAAAUAUUUAAAAAUGAGGACAUGGAGAGAAUCAGCCAGUUUGAUUAUAGCUGCUCGAAAUGGAUUAAAAAAUACCCAGUUGUUUGAUUAUAAUCUAUUUCUUCUAAAAAGACAAAGCAAAGGUACUUUUGGUGGUACUAUGGUUUUUCCUGGUGGUGUGAUUGAGCCUGCAGAUGCAGAUUUGAAAUGGCAAAAUUUGUUCAAGCACUAUAGUUAUAAUGAAUCUAAUUUCAAAUCUUUACUUCCAAAGAGUGCAAAAAGACCAGAAAUAUUUCGUAAUGUACAAAAUGAAUUGCCUAGAGAAGUUUCUUUGAGAAUCCGUGCAAUACGAGAAACAUUUGAAGAAUGUGGAAUACUUCUGUGUACUAAUGCACCUGAUAGUACUACAACAGAAAAAAUUGUUGAUCCAUUUAAAUUAUCAAAAAGUGAAAUUGAGUUUUGGCAGAGGAGGGUACAUAGUAGUCCUAAAGAAUUUUAUGUAAUGUGUGAAAAGCUGGACUGCUAUCCUAAUAUAUGGGCAUUAUAUGAAUGGGCAAAUUGGCUUACUCCAACUAUAUUUCCAGUUUCUAUGCGCUUCGAUACAGUUUUUUUUUUCACUACUCUAUCAUAUAUUCCUGAUACAAAAAUUGAAAUGAAUGAAAUUCAUGAAUCUAUGUGGGCAACUCCAGACUCAAUAAUGGCAUCUCAUUUAACUUCAUUAUUACCACCUCAACGAUAUGAAAUUACAAGGAUAUCAAAGUACAAAAAAUUAGAUAAUUUAUUCAAUUAUGCAGUUGAGCAGUCAAGAAAUGGCAUAGAAAGAUUUGUUGGUGUGAGAGUAUUAUUAAGCGAUGGAAUUGUUCAUGUACUACCAGGUGAUUCAAUGUAUCCUGAUAAAGUAGAAUUACAUACUAAACAAUUAAUUGAUAAGUCAACAAUGACGAUCAAAGAAUUUCGUGAUAUUGCUAAAAAAAUUCAUCGUAUAGAAAUUCCAGAGUAUAAGGAUAUGGUCUUGAGUAAAUAUUAAGUCAAGAUAACUAUGAAAAAUAUUUGUUAUAUAAUUAUAUUUUCAAAUGUUAAUUUUUAUAUUAAAUCGGAAUGGUACGUAAAAAAUGUUGUUUUUAUUAUAUAUACCUGGAUAAAUAAUGUAGGUAUAUACAAUUUUUUAAGAAAAUAAUUGAACUCUCUUUAAUCCA